CCGACCGACGCUGGAAGGCUGCUAGCAGCUGUGGGUAAGUGUCGGAAAGCAACCUCCGACGAGCAACGUUGCCAUCCGUGUGGCAGAUUGGGCGUCCCCGUGAGGUCAUACGUCGCAAAACCAGAAAUUAAUUUUAUGACGCUUCCGCGUUAGAUCGAGAGACAACGUCUUGGAAGGACAGCUGAACAGCGCACUUGGUCCUCACGCACUACGGAACUUGAUACACAAAGCAAGCGCACGCAGCUAUUUUGUUUCGCUCGACCGUACACCGCAGUACAUGACAGAUGGUAUUGGAGCUACAAGUGGCAGACAUGACGCAAUUGUCUGCGAAAAUUUCCUUCAUUCGUUGUGCUACAACUGGUUCGUUAUGAAAUAGGCAUUGGUUUCACUGCGUCCCUGCUUCUCCAAUCGAUCGUAACUAAGACGGCAAUCAGAUAGUCUCAAACCAUUUGAAAUUCUGUGGACGUGACGAGAUCGGAUAUUAACGGAGAAGAGCUCGGUGCGCUACACGUGCAACGCACUUCUUCGCAGUGAGUGCGACCUUCGAAACCGGAAGGUCAAGGGAAUAGUGUGAGGAUGCCUUUGACUGUGGCACAAGGGCAACGAAGAGCAUUCAAUGGUUCGAGCAGCCCUGGACCAUUAUGGAGAUGCUAUCGAACUUUCACAGCAUUUAUGCUGGUGAGCGUCGUGCUCCUGUUGUGGUGGUUACGAGGAAACACGAACUAUUCCUGUACAAACUGCCACGUGAAGGUCAACACAUUCUCCGUAAACAGCUCUAUGAUCAACAGCUGCCCAGAAAUGCCACCAUACCUCGUUGGAACGAUGGACGUUGUACAAAACCCUCCUUCCUUGGAACAACAAGAGAAAUCUUUUCCUGACGUCUUCGUCGGAGGGAGGUACGCGCCCCAUGAAUGUGUAUCGAGGCACCAAGUAGCCCUCAUCAUCCCCUACAGAGACCGUGAGGCUCACUUGCGUGCGUUCAUCUACCACAUGCAUCACAUGCUGAGACGACAGCAACUUCAAUAUCAAAUAUUUGUGGUGGAACAGGCAGGCAAAGACCUCUUCAAUCGUGGCAAGCUCUUCAACGUUGGCUACCUAGUAGCAUCCGGACUACAUGGCUUCGAGUGCUUCAUCUUCCAUGACGUCGAUAUGAUUCCUGUAAAUGAUCACAAUCUCUACACGUGCUCUGAUCAUCCUAGGCACCUGACGGUGUCUGUAGAUGCCUUCCAUAACCGCCUCCCCUACCAGGACUUCUUUGGUGGAGCAUGCGCAAUGACCAAAGACCACGUAAAAAUGGUCAAUGGUUUCUCCAACAAGUACUGGGGUUGGGGAGGGGAAGACGAUGACAUGUUCUACAGGGUCAAUGAUCAUGGUCUUAAAGUCAGAAGAUAUUCACCGGAUGUAGCAAAGUACAUCAUGCUUCCUCACAAGCGUGCAGAGCGCAGCCCUUCCAGGUCAAAGUUGCUGAGCGAAGCCACAGGUCGAUACGACACCGAUGGACUAAACAACAUAACCUACAAGAAACUGACCAUCAUACCUCAGAGACUCUUCACGUGGAUCCUCGCUGAUUUGCAAGAAUGAGUGUUCAGUAGCAUAAAACAAACUCUAAGAAUGGACAGGACUGAGGUCGGGAGUCGCUGAUGUUUGGAACAAGGGGCUGUUCUACUGGGCAUCGUCCUCUCUUGCAGAAGGACAGGCUAGUGUUCGUGGUUACGUGUUACUAAGUUAUCAUUAUCAAGUGAUUCCCUGCCUCGGGGUUUAGGUAUCGCCCAUAUUCAAGGAUAUAACCAGACUUGUACGUAUUUGGAGUAUUGUAUUUAAAAUACUGUAUUUUAAAUAGAAUUUGCGGUAAUUUGGUACUCUACUCAAUACUUUUUGUUUUGUGUAUUUAUACUCUAUUUAAAAUACAUUUUACGGUAUUUUGUACUCAAUACUCUAAUUACAUAUUUUGGAUCUCCCUCUCAAACUUUCUCUGUCUCGUCUUUCCAUUAUCUUGCUUGUUCAGUGGAAAUUUCCUGAGUCCCUCGGACAUGACCCGGACAUUGGCCCUUGGAAGUCCCCGUUUAGAGAUCUUGCCCGUGUGUACUAAACCUUAGCCAGUGAGGGUUCUAUUCUGUGUGCCUUGAAGUGGUUACGACGAAUUCUGACCUCACCGUGCAGGAACUUGCUAGAAGUUUGCUUUGUUCUGGGUCACAUAUACUUAGUGGAGUUAUGUGGCACCUCUUUGUCAUCUUUUUGGGACUUGUGUUUAUUUGAUUCCUAUCAGACAGCGGCGGCUAGCGCGGUGCGCGAAGUUUAUGUGAUUCAUGUCACAUAGCGGCGACUUGCCGCAUUGACCAGUGGCCGGUGACUUUUUGAGUUCAAUGAUAAAUAGUAUCCUAAUUGUAUUUCAAAUACUUUUUGAAGUAUUUUGUACUCUAUCUUAAUUACUUUGGUUUUCAUGUAUUUAUACUCUAUCUUAAUUAUAUUCUAACUUUAGUCUUUAUUAUCUUAUCUUAAACACAUUUUUGAGUACAUGUCUGGAUAUAACUAUUCCUUCCAGAAGAAUUAAGGUAAAAAUAAAUGUUUACGUACUUAUCCAUUUACAACAUCCUUCCCGCUUCUUAUAUAUCAUCUACUUAGCUCGCAUGUAGAAAACGAACUGCCAGCUUCUAGCGCAAAAUAAAAAAACUUGCACGCUAAGUGAAGUUUUCUGUAUCAUUUGCGCCCUUUCGAUCGCUUAUGUGGUUAAAUUUCGUGUAACGUUUUGGUGUUACGGUUUGGUGUUGAGUUAAAUUAAGUAAAUUGGUCUAAAUAUGUAUCUUAAUUUAGUAACAUGAGGAAAUACAAUAAAUAAAUUAAGUCGCCAAAGUAAAUUCUACGCCAAAUACCAAUUUUUUUAAUUUUUUUUUGCAAAAUGUAAUUCCACAUCCUGGGCUCCAAGACGCCACUUCCGUUUAUUUGCAGCUCAUUCUUUUUCAGUAACGCUAAUUCAUAUUUAACGAACGAUAUCUUCGCGAUCAUAUGUUGACAGAGAUCAACGCCGUCUUCGGCUGGUCACGCAGAUCCAUUGAAUCAGAUCCCUUCAAAUCCGAGCCGGAGGAAUAUCGGACAGGCGCGACGACAGAGACAGACGAGGUACCGAACGUAACUUCCGCACAAGCAGCAAAAUAUAUUGGCCCAACAUUGGCAAAAUAUCGGCAGUUCCAAUAUUGGGCCAGUAUUGCCAAUCUUCAGCCGAUAUUAGGCCAAGAUUUGCUGCUUGGGCGGUUUUCCAGCGAAACACAAGUAGACGCAGGAACUCCAUCUAAACACGACGACUUUUCGAACCUUUCUCUGCUGCGCCAACUCACCUCUGAGGCAUAGUAUGUCAGUCCUUUGCACUUAGUAAAUCUUUUUGAUAUAUUAUAUUCAGCACCGUGUUUGGUGCUGUAUACUUUUUCUUCAUACUUUUUUUUUAUACUUUUACUUCAAUCAAGCCACCCGACCCUCUUUCAUUGCACCAGCACACUACGUCUCCGCCCGGACUGAUCACACAUGCAAAGUUGAGCAUAUCCAUUGUCGUUCAUCCCAGUUUCUCAAUUCCUUCUUUCCACAUGCUAUUGACAUUUGGAAUGACCUUCCCCAAUCCAUUGCCACCAUCUCUGAUGUUUCUGCAUUUCGCAGACAGUUGUGUUCCUUUUUUGAAUUAUAAAGUGUGUCUCAUUUACUUGUAUUAUUUUGUUUGUGUGUUACUGAACAUAUGUAACCUCGCGUACUAGUUAUAUUAAUAUAUUCAUUAUGUGAUAGUGCUUGUUGUAUUAUUAGUUCACACCCCCCUCAUGUAACGCCCCUCGCGGGCAUUUGAGGUAUUCGCAUAAAUAAAAAAAAAAUACAAAGGUUGAAAUACUCAACCUAGCGCCGGUCA